UGUUAUCGAAAUGUUCCAAAAGUCUUCGACUGUCUUAUCAAUGCGAUUUUUGCAUCGACUACCUAAACCUUCACUUCUUCAAUUUAAGCCGACGUUGUUAAGGUCCAAUUUCCACACUAAUUUUCAUCUCAAAGACAAAUACAAUUCUUCCUCAUCAAACUCAGAAUUAUCUCCAAAGGAUUCUGAUGUAACUUCUGCGCGUUUAGAUCAUGAGCACGUCGCGAACCGUCGCCUUCUAAUAUCUUUCACAUGUAAGGUUUGCUUGCAUCGUUCGACAAAAACAAUGUCAAAGCAUGCUUAUGAACGUGGGGUGGUAUUAAUUCAAUGCCCUUCGUGCCUAAAUCGUCAUUUAAUUGCCGACCACCUGGGAUUCUUUCGUGAUGGAAGAACCACUAUUGAAGAUUUAAUGUUAGAACAAGGUGAAAAAGUUACGAAAUUAGUUGACUUAGAUGGAUCUCAAGUCCUCGAAUGUUAUCAACGCGUUAUGCAAGAGGAGAGAAAUUCAGAGCAAAUAAAGAAAGCUAGUAGCGAGUGCAAAGAAUAA